AUGAUUGAUAUAGCGCUGGCCACCUUUUUCUUUGACCCGGAGAACAAGAAUGAAGGGCAGUUUAGUAUUAGGUGGGGCAACCAGGAGAUGGUGCUGGAUGCGUCAUCAGUCCAGGGACGCAUGUACUGGCUGCAGCAACUCCAGGCUGCCCGCAGGGAGUACAGCCACCGCCGCACCAACACCAAGACUCCCACCAGCAGAACCACAGCUACUGGGCGGCCUGAGUCUGGGCUGAUACAGCAGGACAGUGACACUAACCCAGCAGAGUUCCCAGACCCCCACUACGACCUGCAGAUGCCCAUGGUGCGGCCCACUGACCUGCUGCCCCGCCACCACACCACUCCAUUCACAGAGGCGUGGCUCGGCCUCUCCAGCCUCCUGCCAAACACUCCUCGGAUAUUUCGAGGAACCCACAGUCAUGAAACCCCCAAAUCUCCCUCAAGUCCUCCACCAACCUCACGCAACAAUAUCAACGGCUCCCCAAUGGAAGACUUGAGCCUGGGGAACCUGCGCCAGAAAUUUAGGAGUUCCUUUAAAAGUCGGAGGGCUCAUGAGAAGAAGGAGGGCAGUGAGGCAUCCAGCACUCCCAAACCAGCCACCUGCAAGAAGUGUGAAGAGCUGCGAGGAGAGCUGAUGACAACACAGGAGGAGCUGACAGUGACGGAGGACAAGUACCAGGCGUCCAGGGAGGCGAUAGAGGUGCUGCAGAAGGAACUGGAGGCGCUGCAGCAGGAGAAGGCCACACUGAUCACACUGGACAGAAGUGACCUCACUGACCACCAUGUCAUUGAGAUCCUACGAGGGAAGGACCGGCGCAUCAUCCAGCUAGAGCAUGAGGCCCAAGUGUCCACCAAUGAGAUUGCCCAGCUGGAGGAGCACCUGGCUAAUGCCCAGGCCCACCACGAGCACCUCAAUGAGAAGCUGUCCAUGCUAUACUGCUUGAUUGAGGUAAUUAAGGACUUUAGUGAGAGUGAAGUGUUUGCAGUAAUAGGAAUGGCCAGUGAGUGGGCAGUAAGGGUGAAUUAUGGUGUUGCAAAGUGGUUCAUGUGUAACUCUGAGAUGGCAAAGGACAAGGCAAUUGUCACCUUAACUCACCAGGUUGAUGAUGCCAAAUCUUCAGCCACACCCUUUGUUUCCACACUUCCCAACUCCUCCUUUUAUGAUGCAGUGGAGGCUUACAAGGCACAGAAUAUCUUCCUCAACAAAGAGAUCCUUGAGCUUCAUCUCCUUCGAAAGCAGUCGGUUGAGAGAGAGGACAGGCUCAUUGCGGGCCAAUGGGCUAAGAGAAUGGUGUGA